GUGCGCCAGCUGGGAGUCCGGGUUUUUGACAGAAGCCAACGUGUAUAAAGUCGUGCGCGGAAUAAACGGCAGUUGUAAUUCACGGAGAUUUCGUUAAAAAAUCAAACGCAUGAAUUAAAGUGGUUGCUGCUCGCUGAUUUAUCGAACGACGAAGACUUUGUAUCGACGAUACGUUGAUUAUUACAUCGAUCGUAACGAAAACGUGAAACGAAAGAGAAAUGAACGCUUCAGUAUCACUAAUAUUUUCCAUUUUUCUUGGAAUUGUGUGUGCUAUUACAGCAUUGAAAGAAGGUGAUUGCGAAGUGUGUGUCGCUGUUGUGGAUAAAUUUAGUCACACAUUAACAGCAGACAUUAAAAGUGAUACUAAGCAGAUUGAAGCAAAGUUUCGAGAAUUCUGUAAAAACACCAAAUCAAAAGAAAAUAGAUUUUGUUAUUAUUUGGGUGGAUUGGAAGAAUCUGCCACUGGUAUUUUAAGUGAGCUAAGUAAACCAUUAUCAUGGUCUAUGCCUGCAAACAAGAUAUGCGAGAAGCUGAAGAAGAAAGAUGCUCAAAUAUGCGAUCUGAGAUUUGAGAAACAAAUUGAUCUCAACACGGUGGACCUGAAAAAGCUCAAAGUGCGCGAUUUGAAAAAGAUUCUGAAUGACUGGGAAGAGGUGUGUGAUGGUUGUAUAGAAAAGACAGACUUUAUUAAACGAAUCGAGGAGCUCAAACCUAAAUACUCCAACAGUAACUCAAAGACGGAGCUCUGAAGUAUUAUGGUCUUCGAUUUAGACAAGCAAUUAAGUUAGUAUGGCUAAAUAUUGUCUUUUUAAUUUGCAGAGGAAUUGUUUACAGCAUUUAGAAUAUGUAUUUAUUUAUGUAGCCAUAUGUCUAUAUAUGUCUACAUAAUACACAAUUUGUAUAGCCUUAUUCUGUCGAAAUUAUCUUUGACUGUCAAAAUGACUGUCUUUUAUGCUAAGAUAUUUAAGUUCUAUUAAAUAAUAUAGAAGAUAAAUUAUCUUAAAACAAAAAUUAGGAUGAAGCAAACAAUAAUGAACAAUGAAACUUUUGUCAAACAGUAUGUUUAUAUCUUACAAUAAUUUCGAGAGACAUAUUGUUAUAGUAAUCUGAUUUCUCUCUCUCUGAUGUAGCCAUGCUAAGAAUGUACCUAUUUUGCUGAAGGUGCUUUAUUUAUAUGACAUCAAUUCGUUAGGUAUAUACAACAUUUAUACAAAAAAAAAUUAUUUUCACAUAUAUUUAUCUUUAUUGUUCUUCCUCAAAUAGUAAUAUGCAGAUAUGUUUGUACAAUAUGUCCAAAUGAUAUUUAUACGAAACGUAAUUUAUGUCAAAUUUAUGUAUAAGAGAUAUUUUGUCCAACAGCUACAUGUUAUUAUAUUCUUGUUCUUUUAUUAUUGAAGCGUGAAACACGAACAAAAUGUACAAUGAACUCGUGUAAUAUCUGUCGUGGCCAGUAUUGAUCAACUAUUGUACACAAAUAUGCGAGUUCCAACCAAUGCCAAUUUUUGAGAUGAGAAUUAUUUGUAUCGAUAUACACCAACUUUUACAAUUAAACAUGAUAAAAAUAUAAAUGUAUUCUCGAGAGAGGAGUACGAUAUAUUGAAAUUAACCAUACGAGAAAAUUGUGCAUAAAUAAUAUUUAGAUAAGGUAUUACCGCAUAUCUGUACGUACUAUUCUGGAAAUUCAAACUCAGUUAUUUAUUUCGUGAUAAGACUGCGUGAUUACGUUUUCUAUAUCACAUUCGUGAAUCUUGAUACAAGAAGUCAGAAAGAAAUAAAAACAUGUGUGUUGUUAUUAAAAGCGAAAUGUUCUUUUACUGAACCGAACAAAACAAACGUCUUAAGAUAU